AUUUAGCCCUUGGUGGUUUGUAUUAAUUCGGUAACAUGAAUAGUGUCCCAUCCAAAAACAAUAUAAUCUUCGCCAGACGGAAUGGGGCCCACCCACUGAGCCUCGCAACCACAUCAAGCGGUUUUCACAUUGCAUGAUCAUUCUGUGUAUAGAGGACGCAAAAAAAACUAAACAAUAUUUAAUACCUUCACUGAUUUACGUGGGAGCUUUGAUAUGCCGGCACGUUCUUGUGUAAAUUCAAUGUGCAUUCGUGCAUUUUGUGGCUGAGCGCUUAUCAGGAUAGCGCGCGCUGCGCAAGUACUUACUCAAAUGGUAACCACUUAGGAAGAUCUACCUUUUUUGCAAUGGCUUGAAACUGGAGAGUUUCGUCGGCCAGAUUUCGCUGUAGAAACAAUGAAAGAGCAUGCGAAUAAUGACCAGUAGAGACAUCGGGAGGGAGAGUAAAUACGAGAGAUUACGUCUCGAGUGUUUGCGCGAUGGAAAGUUGUACGAAGAUCCAGAAUUUCCUGCAAAUGUCAGCUCACUGUACGACAAGAAUCCUUUGCAAGUUAACAUAGAAUGGAAACGACCAUCUGAGAUAAGUCGCAAUCCAAAGUUUUUCUCUGACGGUGCCAGCCGUCAUGAUGUCGCUCAAGGACGAUUAGAAAACUGUUGGUUUUUGUCUUCGCUGUCAACUCUCGCAGAACACAAGUCACUUCUUUACCGUGUUUGUCCUCCUCACCAGACGUUUCGCAAAGGUCAUUAUUGUGGGUUGUUUGUAUUUCGAUUCUGGCGGUUUGGUGAGUGGAAUGAGGUGAUCAUUGAUGAUCGAAUACCGACUUUUAACGGACGACCGUACUUCACUAGAUCUACAGACCCCAAUGAAUUCUGGUGCUGUUUGGUGGAGAAAGCCUACUGCAAGUUAUAUAGGUCUUACGAAGCCUUGAAUUACGGUUUACAAAGUGAGGGACUACAAGACUUUACUGGGGGAGUGGUAGAGAGGAUUAAAAUGUCCAGUGCUCCAUAUAACUUAUUAGGACUACUAAAAACCAGCAUGGAACGAAACUCAUUGAUAGGAACAUGUGUAGUGCCCAAGGGUAACGAACAGAGUCUACACUUACCAAACGGACUUAUUUGCGGGCAUUCUUAUUCCAUAACAGCAUUAAGAAAGGUGGAGCUGCGAUAUCUUCCUGACCGACCAAUCAAGCAUUUAAUUAGACUGAGAAACCCAUGGGGGGAAGGAGCUGAAUGGAGAGGAGCCUGGAGCGACAACUCUAAAGAAUGGAAAAUGCUAUCAGAGCGACAAAAGUACGAAUUAGAUUUAACUCAUGAAAAGGAUGGGGAAUUUUGGAUGGACUUUGACGAUUUUAUAACAAAUUUAUCCCUGAUAGAAAUUUGUAUGCUAACGCCCGAUAGCGCUACAGAUAGCCACAAGAAAGUUUGGGAGCAAGGAAUAAUAACAGGGCGGUGGCAACCUUGGGUAAACGCUGGAGGAUGUCGUAACUUUAUUAAAACAUUUCAUCGAAACCCACAAAUACGAGUAAAGCUAUCAGACCCAGACGAAGAUGAUGAAAACAACUACUGUUCCAUGGUUAUUAACCUUAUGAGAAAAGACAAGAAAAGACUACGUAGAGAUGCACCCAUUGGCUUUGCAGUGUAUAAAGUACCAAACGGUCUUGGUAAAAACGAGCGAUUAACGCGGCAGUUCUUCGAGAAUAAUCAUGCUGUUGCUAAAACCAACAUGUUUACAAAAGAAAGAGAGAUAACACUUCGCUGCACCCUUCCACCUGGAGAUUACGCCAUUAUUCCUUCAACAUACGAGGCUAACACAAAAGCUGAUUUCAUACUACGAAUAUUUUCAGAGAAAUUCCAUGAAACAAGAGAGAUUGACGAGAGAACAGAACUUCUUGGCCCUCCCAGACCAAAAUUACCAAACUUCGACAGACAAAGAUUCGAUAAAACAUACAAAAAGUUUUUCCACGACAAUACAGGCGAGGAUGCAACUGCUGACCAGCACGACCUGCAGCAUCUUCUCAACGAGGCAUUCGGGCAUGAUAACAAAUAUGUAAUGUUUAGUUUAGAAACUUCUAGGAGUCUAAUAACGAUGUUCGACAACAAUGAUAAUGGUUCCGUUGAGUAUGAAGAAUUCGUCGAGAUCUUCCGGAUGAUCAAGGUUUGGAAGAGACAUUUUCAGUAUUACGACAGAGACACAAGUGGUGAUAUGGAUAUAUUUGAAAUGCGAGACGCGCUGAAAGGACUGAAUUUUUUACUCAGUAAUCGCGCUUUAGAGGGUGCCUGCUCAAGAUACCAAAACAAACGAGGUGUUCUGUCUUUUGAUAUGUUUGUACAGGUCAACGUUAGACUCAUUUUAAUAUUUGAAGCAUUUCUACGACGAUCGCGAGCGAGUGGAAUUGCUAGAUUCAAUAUGGACGACCUAAUGAAAACAACGCUGUGCAUCUAAAUGUUGCAAUAUCUCUCCGAACUGAAUGACAGCAGUCGCCAUCAAAUCGGAGUUUUCCGAUGGAGAUCGCAGUGAGACGACAAAUUCCGAUUGACUGCCGAGCACCGAGAAUAGAGAGCAUUGUAAAUUUCAGUUCCAUUUAGUAUUGAAUAAAUGUAAUAUAUGUAGUAACUAUUUAUAUGAACAGUCCUGUAUAUUUAUGGCUAUUUCAAUAAAGUCAUGUAAAUAUCAAAA